AUGUUUUUUAUGAGAAGAGAUUUUAUAUGUUGGUGGAUUUUUCUGGUUGGGGCAUUGAAAGCCGUCCAAGGAACCGUAUCCAACACCAAGCAUAUCACUCGCUAUAACAAGCUUUGCACUAGUCUUUGUAAUACAAAAUAUAAAGGAAGCUAUUGGUGCUAUACAAAAGGAGCAUCAGAUAGUUGGGAAUACUGCUUUCGAUUACCAAACGAGGAUAUCGAAGGAAAGAAAUGUAGAGCUAAGUGCGCUCAACAUGGGGAAAACUAUAACUGGUGUUGGCUUGUCAAAGGAAGCUGGAACUAUUGCGGGCUCGUUCAAAACAGACUCCAGCGUUUCAAAACCAGAUAUGGCUAUGAUUGUAUUGACGACUGCUCGUAUUAUCCUAGCAAAGGAUAUUAUUACUGCAAUGCAAAUGAGGACUGGGACUAUUGUUCUCCUAGUUAUGACGCAACUAUUUAUGGGAAGGCAUGUAAAGAUAACAGCAAGUGCGCUUCUCGUGGCAAAUCGUAUACCUGGUGCUAUACGAAGGAUGGGAGUUGGGAUUAUUGUGGAAUAAUUCAAUCGAAUUCUUGCGAAAACACUGGAAGAAAGCGGCAGCUUGAAGAAAUUUGCAUGCGUAAUCUAGGAAAUAGAAUUGAUGUCGCAUAUCACUUACAGCGUGGGCGAAUUGCUACAAAUGAACUGGAUGAUGAUCAAACAGACAGUGCCCAUAGAGUCAUCGCUGACGUGGACACUGCGAGAAUACCACAGCAAGCACGCUCGAAUGUUUUCAGAAAUGACGAAUUUCGUAUCGAUAUGCAAGGAAUGGUCCGAAUUGACGGAGAUGUACGUUACUACAACCUCCAACUACAAAUAAAUAGACGUCGCAGACCUGGUGAAUCAACACCUUCGCCACAGUCCUGGUUCCUCAAGCUGAGUUAG